CACUCGAGCCGCGCCUGUGGGCAGCGCAGAGCUGGGCUGUGACUGUAACCCUGCGGUAACAGUAACUUACAGACCGUUUAAUGUCGUUUAUUCUCUUGUUAAACGGAUUAAAGUCCGAGUCCGGGCAGGGCAGGGCCGGGCAGGGCUGAGCCUCGUCCUCUUUAACCUUCAGGGGAAAGGGCAGGAAUGCUGGGUGGAGUCUUUAAAUCGGCGCCCAGGCCCACUGAUAAAGCGGAGUCGCUGACAGCCGACAGAAACAGGUCCAACAACAACGAGAGCGUGUUCGGACACAGCAAAGCCAAGGAGAGCCUCUCGGUCGACAGAGGGCCGCUGGUCGGCGGCUCUGACCGCUCUGACCGCUCAGUGAGCAGCGAGAACUCGGGUGUUCUGAGCGGCCUGUUGAGGAGAUCGCCCAAACCCAGCCCAAAAUCAGCACACGCACAGGAGAAAAGUGCACCUGCUCACUCCGACCCGUCAGACAGAGAUGGAAAUCCGUCCAACCAGACCAACACUGGAGCGUUCGGGUGGAUUUUCAGGAAUCCGUUCGGCUCCUCGGCUCAGGAGAGGGAAAAAUCAGAGCCACCUGGAGAGACACACUCAGUAUCCACACAGGUGUGUGUGCGCCAGCUUUUACCUGAGACGCAGCCAGAAAAGGUGUGCGGCUCUGAAGCUGAAGACUGGCCGGCUCCUGCGCAGCUCCCAGUUGACUCAGACUGUAAAAUUGCAGCAGAUGAGACUCCCCCCGUCCCCCCGAGACCCACCGAGGAGGAGCUCAUUAAUACCAUCUCACACCGUCUGAGUCUACUCAGUCCGACAGAGAGAGGCUGUGGUCAGGAGUGCGGUGGUGGAGGAGUGCAGGAGCAGCGAGAGGAUGAGUGGAUAAAGAGUGGGGAGAGAGAGGGAGAGGAGAACGUAUCUGAGGCGGCUCUGAAGACACUAAAGAAACCCAAACAGCAAUGCAAAACUCAAACUGCAGCAAAGUCUGAGGACCAGGAUGUUGUGGCCUGUAGUGACCGCACUGAGGAUGACGGUGACGAGGGUGUGGAAACAGCCGGAGAGGCUGCGAACCAACAGGGGCGAGACGGCAAGCAGGACGGCGCUGAGAAAGGCUCGCUGCCGAAGAAGAAGAACGUGAAGAAGAAGAAGAAUCCGUUCAUGCCUCAUGUGGCACCAAAGGGUAAAGUGCUUCAGAAGAGGAGUGGAGCCGGAGCAGAACCCGCAGAGGAUGAUGUCCAGAAGAAGUCCCUCAUGGAGCAGCUGAACGAUCUUCGUUUGGAGAGAGCACACAAGGAGGAGGAGGACCUGGAGGGCCUGAUGGAGUGGUGGAGCACAGUCACGCAGUGGGAGCAGAUGCCGAAAAAUGAAGACAUGACGGAGAAGGAGGAGGCCAAAGCGUUUGCGGUGACGGCGGAGAAGGUGCAGAGGGGCAUCCGCGUCUUCAACCAGCUGUUCUCAGAGCGAGCCGAAGGCCUUUGGCAGCACGUCAUUGACCUGAGGGCCAUCGCUGACGGCCUGGACCGAUUCAACUGGAGGACCAAAGUGGCCCAGAUCACUGGCGGCUCCACCAGUGCUGUGGGUGGCGUGGCAACCAUCACCGGCCUCGCCUUGGCACCGGUUACCCUGGGAACAUCUCUUAUUGUCACGGCAGUGGGCCUGGGGGUGGCGGCUGCCGGUGGCCUGACCUCUGCAUCUGCUGGGAUCUCCAACGCGGUCAACAACUCUCUGGACCGCAAGAAGGUGGAGCGGAUCGUGGAGGACUAUCAGAGUAAGAUGGCUGACAUCAACAAGUGCAUGAAGUUCAUCAAGCAGGGCAUCGAGAACCUGCGGCAGUUCAAUCUGCUGAGGGUGAAGAAGCAGGCCUACAACCGAGACUUCCCAGGCCUCAACGGUGUCUACGAAGACAGUGCCAUGGCCAGCAAGGCCGUCCUCAUCAACGCCAACGAGAUCAUGCGGGUGGUGCAGAUAGCUAACGUAGCGGGCAGCACGGCGGCCCGAGCGGUCCAGAUCGCCAGCAUGGCCACCGGUGUGCUCACGGGGCUGUUUGUGGGCAUGGACAUCUACUUCGUGGCCAAAGACUCAAAGGAGCUCAAGAAAGGAGCCAAGUCGGAAUUCGCUGCCAAGAUCCGGGAGGUGGCUGACCAGCUACACGAAGGCUUAGUGGAGCUCAACACCAUCCGAGAGGAGUUGCAGUGUUCAGGAACUAAUGCUGGAGCCUUCGCUUCCACCUCACCUCCACAGAGCUCUGAGGAGAAAACCAAAGUCAGUUCUGAUGCAUAGUGGCCCAAUUCAGUGUGUGAGGUGUAAUCAGAGGUUCAGAGGGUUUGGCGUGAAACGGUCCAGACGUCUGUACAGUGGUGGUGAUGGGAACCAGGCGUCGCCAUGACUACAACACAGAUAUAGACACUUUAU